AUGCACCGCCACGUCUUUUGCCGCAGCAUCGCACUGCUGCAAAUGAGCAGCCCGAGCAUGAGCGGGAUGCCUCCAGGGAUGGCAGUGCCCGGUGUCAACAGCUCGGCUGGGCCGUCGUCCGGCUUGCCGAACCGCCCGGGGAAGACGGUGAGCUACCAGAAUGCAAUCAAGAUGGAGGCCGAGAGGCGCCGCAAGCUCGAGGAGGACACGCGCAACCGCUACUACGUUGUCAAGGAGGACACGCAGGAGAAGCGAGGAAGUGGGCGGGUGAUCGGCAUUGACCUUGGCACCACCAACAGCUGCAUGUGCUACAUCGACGCAGCGACCGGGCGGCCAAAGAUUAUUCCGUCACCAACGGGGUCGUGGGUGUACCCAACAGCCAUUACCUUCGACAAGAACCACCAGAUUCGCAUGUUCGGAGAGGAGGCACGCGCGUGCGCGCGCACGAGCGCCAGUGCGACACUUUGUAGUGGCAAGCGACUCAUCGGCCGCGGCUUUGGCGAGCUUGGUCGCGUGCACUCGGACUUGUCCAAGACGAACAUUUUAACCGUAAACGAGAAGGGUGAGGUGGCGGUGGAGAUCAUGGGGCGGACGUACACCAUUGUGCACAUCAUAGCGAUGUUCCUGCGCUACCUGAAGGGCGAGGCCGAGAAGUUCUUGAGCGAGGAGGUGCAGCAGGCUGUGGUGAGCGUGCCGGCGUAUUUCACGCCGCAGCAGAAAGUUGCCACCGAAGAUGCGGCGCUUUGUGCGGGCUUCGACGUGCUGGAGAUCAUUGACGAGCCGUCGGCUGCGUGCCUGGCGCACACGGUGCUGGACAAGCUGAAGCGCGCGAAGAGGGAGGCGCAGCGACGUGAGACGGUGAGCACACCCGCAUCUACCGCUGCCUCCGCAGCGCAAGCUAGCAGUAGUGAUGGCAAAUCUGAGGCAGCGGCGACUGCAACCUCAUCCUAUAUGCCAGAAGCGUAUGCAUACGGCAGCAAGCGCUACGUGCGCUCUCUCGUCUUUGACCUAGGUGGCGGCACCCUCGACUGUGCCAUCAUGGAGCACGACCGCUACCGGCAAAAGUUCAACCUUGUCGCCACGCAUGGCGACCCCAUGCUGGGAGGCAAUGACUGGGACACGGUCCUCUCCCAGCACUUUGCGAAGCAGUUUGAGAGCAAGUGGCGCGUACCAAUCGAAGAGGAGGAGGGCAACGUCGGCCAAGGCGUCGCAGCCUUUCGAAACUUAACCCUGGAGGCGGAGAAGGCGAAGAUCCACUUCACCCACUCCACCGAGACAUACUACGGCUACAACCGCGCCUUCCACUUCUCCGAUAAGUUGCGCGACAUUGUGCCGCUGGAGGCGACGCUCACACACGAGGAGUACGUCACACUCACCCGCCCGCUGCGCGUCCGCUGCUUGCAGUGCAUCGAGAAGCUGUUCGAGCACACCGGCUACACCGCUUCGGACAUCGACCACAUCCUGCUGGUCGGCGCUAUGACCCGUGACCCGCCCAUCCGCCACCUGCUGGAGGAAUACUUCGGGAAGAGGGUGGUGCAGGAGGACACGUGCCCAGCUGACUACGCCGUUGCGCUCGGCGCUGGCAUCCGCGGUGGGAUGCUGCAGGGUAGCUUUCCGGAGCUCACCGCCAACACCCGCUUCGUCAGUGGCACGGUGCAGUCACUACGCGAGGGUGGUGGCAUCAUCCGCCGACUGUGGCGCAAUCUCAAGCUUAUGACGAGCACUGUGAACCCCAACGCGAUUGGUACGCGGUGGCGCGGUCGUGCCAAGGGGCUUUCUGACGAGGAGAUUGCGAACUACGCGAAGGAGCUGGUGGAGUUCGAAGCCACAUGCGCGCGCCGACUGCUGCUUGAGCGGGCCGAGAGCGAGGCAAACUUCGUCAUGCGCCGAGUCACAGCCGAUUCGAACCGCAAGCAGGGCAUGCAGGAGAAGCGGAUCAUGCAGCUUAGUGAACAGCUCAAGUUCUGGCAGUACAUGGUGCACAACUUCCACGACCACGAGGAGGAGCUGCUGCGUGUUGUGAAGGAGUUGCAGACGGCGCUGGACGAGCUGGACGGACUCGCGGCCGACAACGUGGUGGGCAUGACGAAGGCGGGGACGAUCGAUUUCUCACAGACACUCGCGCAGACGCUACGCGGCGUGUCAGGGACGGCCGCUGAAAAGGACGAUGACAAGGGGACCAGCGACGACUGCACGACAAGCGCCGCGGCGAACACGGUGGAGAAGCCGUCGGGCACCGCCGAGUCAAAGGCGCACGAGGGUGCUGCGACGCCGAAUGCAGUGGCAGGCCCCAAGAUUCUGCGCCGCCGCGCUCCCUUGCCGGCAGCCGCCAGCGCAGCCCAGGCGCUUGUGGAGGCAGGGCACCCGGCGCUGAUGAACGCAGACAUUGAGGUAGCCGAGUCUGCCCGCAAUUCGUUCCUGCAAGCCCAGGUCGAGGAACGGGCGUGGCACGAGCCGCCUGCACCACCAGAUGAGCAGGGCUCAUGGACGGAGGUGAAGGCUGCUGUGGAUGCGGGCGAGGUUGUGGGCGGGCCGGUGCCAUGGGGGGACCUCCUGCGACCCAUGACGAUGAUCGAAAUGAAGGCGGCCUUGCAGGCGCACUACCCUGUCGACGACCCGCCGUCCGCCGAGCACGCUGCCAAGAGAGACCUGGCGGCUAACCUGCAGACCAUGACCAUCACGGAGGGGGCGGUGGACAUGGUACAGCUGCAGGUUGACCUGGAUGCCGCGGAGCAGCAGGCGGUAGAGCAGGUGAAGGGGGAGGAGAGAAUGAUGCAGGAGCGACAGAAAGAGAUGUCUGCUCGCCUGUUCCGUUGA